UAAAAAUUUUCCUUUUUUGUGAGGCAAAGAGACCUUUUUGCAAGUUCAGGAUUGAAUCCAGCACCAUCGCCUUGAUAACUGUAGCAGGCAAGCAGCCCCGUCUGUCGUCUGUAGCAGUUGCGCAGAAGUUCUCUUACUCACCCACCCACCAACCCACCGCUCUCUCCAAGGUAUAGGGCUGAGUCUCUUACUCUACCGGGGAAACAAUGAAUGCCUUCAGACUCGCCGGAGACCUGACACAUUUGAUCAGCAUUCUCAUCCUCCUACUCAAAAUUUACGCCACAAAAUCCUGCUCAGGAAUUUCUCUAAAGACCCAAGAGUUGUUCACGAUCGUGUUUUUGGCCAGAUAUCUGGAUCUGCUCACUGAUUUUAUAUCAGUGUAUAAUACCAUUAUGAAGAUAGUGUUUAUUGCAAGUUCUGUAGCAAUUGUAUGGUGCAUGAGGUUUCACCGAGUUGUAAGGCGAUCAUAUGACCGCGAGCUAGACACUUUUCGUCACUGGAUUCUUGUUGCUGUGAGCUUUGUUUUGGCUCUGUUGGUUCAUGAGAAGUUCACUUUUCUGGAGGUAUUUUGGGGGUUUUCGAUCUACUUGGAAGCAGUUGCUAUCCUUCCACAAUUGGUUCUGUUGCAGAGAAGUGGAAAUGUGGACAAUCUAACUGGACAAUAUGUUGCCUUUCUCGGGGCUUAUCGAGGAUUCUACAUCUUGAACUGGAUUUACCGCUAUUUCACCGAAGCAUCUUUCAGCAGAUGGAUAUCUUGCAUUUCUGGACUUGUCCAGACUGCUCUCUAUGCAGAUUUUUUCUACUAUUACUUUAUAAGUUGGAAAAAUAAUGUGAAGCUCCAGUUGCCUGCUUGAGAAAAGUAUGCAUAGCGAUAAUUUGACACUUUUUGUGCUGGAUCCCCUCAGUGAAAAAUAAUUAAGAGAGAAAUCUGGAUUUUGUAUGAGAAUAUGGGUGUUCAUAUGAUGGGAACUUGUAACAAUGUCUAAGCAUUUUACAGGUGCAAAAUAUUUAGCACAUUCUAAAUUCUAACACCGAUAGAAGUGCACCUUCAGUUGUACCUUUUCACACCAUAGGAAGUAGGACAGCGAAGACAGCAGAGAAAUCCUUUUUAGGUCCACAGAAAGAAUUGCUUAAAAAGGUAUCAUAGAGCUCAAUCCGUGAUAUAUAUUUAGAUUUUAAUUCUAAUAUAUUGGUUUUGAAUUGAAUAAAUCCAUACCACACUUGCUGGUGUGUCAAUAGUAAUUCUUGAAAUUGUGCCUCACUAUGAUACCUGAAAUACCUUUAUACGGAGU